AUGUUUAUUCCAGACGAGCAGAAAUUUUCACGUGGAGUGAGUAUUCCACCUCCAAACUAUCCAAAUAAAUUUAUUCCUCAAAAUGGUUAUUUAUGCGUACAUAUAAAUUGUAAAAAUACUGACAAUAAUCGACAGCAACAAAUUGUUUUUAAUAAUAAUCGCUCAAAUAAUAUUUUUAUUCUUAAACAUAAUGAAUCAAUCGAAAUUGAAAUACCUGAUUAUUGCAAUAAAUCAGAAAAUUUUAAAUUCGCCGUAACUCAUUAUGUUCCUAUUGGAAAUGGACAACAUUAUUGUUUUGCAAAUGGAGAGAAUGCAAAGCGAAAUAAUUUCAACAAAUGGGUUUACUUUUUUCGUUAUCAAUUUAGGUAG